AUGUCCACCUAUCCUAAUCCUGACAGAAAAGAGUACCAGACUGAUGGUCGUGACUUACUGUCUACACGCAAAGAUGCUGCUGACCGUUUGCCAACUCGAUCUUCUGACCGCCUGAAAAGUCUGUUUCUUCCAUCUUCACCUACUUUCAAACAUCUUGCCUCUCACUGUGCUGACGUCAAGCCCAUAACCGCUUUCGAGUUUCUCACACGUCAACAGUCUCUCGCAGAAGCUCUGCACGUACUCAAUGCGUCGGCCUACAUAGCAGAACCAGGAGCAAAUGCUCAGUUCUUCGGGAAUAUAUCUACUGGCACCUGGUUUCUCUCGGAACGUCCUUUAUUAUUGAUCAUUACACCGGACAGCGAAUCUAACGGCAGUGUUAAUCCUCGCGUUUCAAUCCUCACUCCGUCCUUUGAAGCAACACGCGCACGAUUGCUUGCUGUUCCAGCACAGGGAAAUGUCUCGUUCUUUGAAUGGCCAGAAGACGUCAAUCCUUACGAGAUUGCAGUGUCGGCGCUUUCCGAUAGGACGGGCCCUAUCUACAUAGAUGGAGGGAUGCGGAAGUUCAUUGCGGAUGGCCUAGCUUCUGCACUACCGAAUAAUACGGUUCUAUCUGCUCCUUUGGAGAUACGUUCAUUGCGUGAAAGGAAGUCUCCUGCUGAGAUAGAACUUCUUCGCUGCGCAAGCGAGGUUACAUUAUUAGCCAUCCGUGCGGUCAGAGAAGAGCUUCGAAUUGGAAUGACCGAAAGCGAAGCGCGAAGACUCAUGACAAGCGCGCUCUCCGAUGCAGACUUGUCUGAUCCCUUUGUCCUCGGCCUUUUUGGAGAAAACGCGGCAUUACCGCACGGAAGCGGUUCAGACCGAGUCCUCGGGAAGGAAGAUUACAUCCUCUUUGAUACAGGUGGAAUACUCCACGGAUAUCACAGCGACAUCACAAGGACUUUUGCACUAAAGGAGUCGACCAUUCCAACGGAUCACUUGGAAGUCUGGUUCACUGUGCAUGCCGCACAAUCUGCAGCUCUUCGCGCCGCUCGAAAUGGAUCGCUCACACGUAGGGUAGAUGAAGCCGCUCGUACCGUAAUCUCUACUGCGGGCUACGGAAAAUUCUUCACUCAUCGUCUUGGCCAUGGCAUUGGCUUGGAAGUGCAUGAAGCGCCGUACCUCCGAGGUGGCAGUUCCGACAUCAUUCGUCCUGGACAUGUGUUUACCGACGAACCCGGAAUAUAUAUUGAAGGGAAAGUGGGUGUACGUCAUGAAGACGCCUUCUAUGUGUCAGAGGACGGAACUAGCGUGCUUCUUACUGCUGGAGUAGGCGGUCAGGCGAGCUCGCCAUGGCGCCCAUGA